AUGUCCGACGACGAGUAUUCUGACCUCACAGACUUCGACAGUGACGAAAACGAUGAUUAUAAGAUCACACACGCGCUCUCGGUUCCGCGGCCUGCGACGUACACCACCCAGGCCUUGUUUGAUCAAAUACACAACAACGACAUCAAUUUGGAGCCAGAGUAUCAGCGAGAUGUUGUGUGGUCCGAAGCAAAACAAAUCGGGCUCAUAGACUCCAUAUACCGCAAUUUCUACGUCCCACCUGUCAUUUUCACGGUGCAAAUGAACGACGAAGGAGCGGAGACGAGGACAUGUAUCGAUGGAAAGCAGAGGUUGACAUCUAUUCACAAAUUCAUGGAUGGCCUGGUAAGACCACCUUCGCUUGUAUUCACAGGAAAGCGAUACUGGUACAAAGACACACAUACAACGUCCGGCGCAAGAAAAAAGCAGCUACUUCACCCUCGUCUUCGAAAGCUGUUCGCGAACAAGCAAAUCGUCUGCAUGGAGUAUCAAAAUCUGUCAGAAGAAGCCGAACGUGAAAUAUUCCAGAGAGUACAACUUGGGAUGGCACUGACACCUGCCGAGAAACUUCAAGUGGUCAAAACCUAUCGGUCAGACUUCGUUCGCGAGCUUCAAAAUAUAUACAUGAAAGAGGAAGGGACGCUCUCCAAUGGUGCAUUGCAAUGGGAUACUUCGCGUGGGGGCGACUACCGCGGGCUUGCACAAGCGCUGUACUGCAUGGACAAGCUCGAGAGCGGGUUCAAGAACGUGGGCAUGCCACAAUUAGAAAAAUGGCUCUCGAACGACCAGCGACUCGAACACUCGUUUGUUCACCAGGUUCGGGACACAUUCCGUGUCUUUUCCGCCCUUGCCGAGGACGAAACCCACCAAAAGGUGUUUAGGGAACCCGUGAAGACCUCACCUGUUGAAUUUGUCAUGUUUGCAGUAUUCAUCUACAUGCACAAGGACAAGGCGACGAUGACACAACUAGCUUCGGGGAUUUCGAAGAUGCGUCUCAAUGUCCGCAAAGAGCACGUUGAUAUUCGUACAAACAGCAAGGUUAUGAAAACCAUGAGCGACUUUAUUAUGAAGUGGAAGCCUACAACGAUUCCAGGCGACACAGGGUCCAUUGUAGGAAAGCCUUACAAAUCCGGAGGCAAGAGGAAGCGGGGAAAGGACAAAGACGGGGAUGAUUAUAUGGACAGCGACGAAGAUGACGACGAGGAUAUAUACCAUGAAGAACAGGCGAGGAAAGCUGCUCGCAAGUCUACCAACGCCGAGGCUUCCUCUUCUACUUCGUCAUCUUCUGCUGCACCAUUAUCGAAGCAGAAAGCUACCAAGUCGGCGGGCAAAAUCAAGAUCAAGAUCGAGCCGAAGAGUACAUCCAUUAUCUCGCCACCUCCACCCACAGAUCGCCUCGCUGCUCUACGUCGUGCGAGAGAAACCCUCACGCAGCAGCAGGCGCAACACGCCACCGCGUCGCAGCAGUCUCCAUCUACAUCAUCUUCUCAAACAGCGGCAACACAAAGUACCGAAACCUCUGUCCCGCAAAUGCUUCCCUCUCCUGGACAGCCCUUCUCCUUCCCUUCUUCCACUCCCACCAAUCCACCGCCCCCUCCGUCAUCGGGAAGGCUUCCUCUUCCUGGUGCCAACGCUCGUCUGCCCGCCGCCCCACCGGCGACAAGUGCCUCGAUAGAUUCAACGCUGAUGGCGAGUAUGAUGCAGCAUCGAAUCGGUCCUCCAUCGUCGUCGUCGCGUGCUGCUGCAAGCAACUUACUGCCCUCAACCUCAAGCGCCGCGACUGACAAACGAAAUGAUCAUGAUAGAGACAAGGCUCCGCAUGAAAGAAGAGAUAGUGGUCAAUUUGACUCUCGGCGCGGACGCUGA